AUGCUUCACUUUAACCUUCUUCACCCUUUAACUACCAACCUAUCAUCCAUGAAGAAAUUGAGAUAUCCAUGUUUAAACCUUGUUAGAGAAUACAACAUUUUGUUCAUAAAAUGCUUCAUGAUUUUACUCAUAAGUUGUAUUACUAUAAGACUUAAUUUCUAUCUUUCAAGUAUCCAUUUUUCUUUAAAAUCACUUUCUAUAGAAGGAAACUUUAGCUUUGAUGAACUUGACCUUAAAAAUGCAGCUAGAAAUUUCGGCAACCGGUACCGAUCUCAUCCUAUGAUAGUGCUUCAUCCAAAAUCAGUUUUUGAUAUUGCAGUUACUGUAAAGCAUGUAUGGAGUUUAGGUCAUAGCUCGGAGUUAACGGUUGCGGCUAGAGGACAUGGUCAUUCGCUUCAAGGUCAAGCUCAAGCUCAUGGAGGAAUUGUGAUUAAUAUGGAAUCGCUUAAAGUUGAAGGGAUUAAGGUGUAUGAUGGAGAGUUUCCUUAUGUGGAUGUUUCAGGAGGUGAUUUGUGGUUAAAUGUUUUGAAUGAGACAUUGAAGUAUGGUUUGGCACCAAGAUCUUGGACAAAUUAUUUGAAUUUGACAGUUGGUGGUACUUUGUCGAAUUGA